GCACCAAACAGUUUAUGUUUUGCCUAAAGUGGGGUGAAUUGACAAGGAAAGUGAAAGUGAGAGAGAGAGAGAGAAACUUCGAGGAAACAACCUUCACCGUUCAAUUCAUCAACAUCAAUUGAACAACAACAACAUCAAAACAUAUCCCAUUCUUAUUCUUAUCAUUUCUCAAUCACUGCCACACUGAUACUACUGACACGCCCACCUACCACCUUAAUGCUCUUCAACUCCCACUACUGCCUCACUCUCUCUCAGGCCCUUCAAGGUUUUCUUUAGGAUAAAGAAUUUAUGGGUGGAUCAAUUUCAAAACGGAGGCGUUCUAAGCAACGGUCGUCAAAUUUUUUUCCUCGGUAUCAGCAACCUCAUUUCCCACAAAGCCAAGAUAAUGGGUCUGUGGGGCAUUAUGGGUAUUCACCUCAGAGCUAUGGUGGUCGUCGUGCUCCAGAACAAGGAAAGAGCUUGGAUAGGAAGUAUUCAAGGAUAGGUGAUGAUUAUAAGAGCUUGGACCAGGUAACUGAUGCUCUGGCAAAAGCUGGCUUAGAGUCUUCAAAUCUGAUUGUUGGGAUUGAUUUUACGAAGAGCAAUGAGUGGACAGGUGGAAGGUCAUUUCAAAGGAGAUGCCUGCAUCACAUUGGUCAUGAACAAAAUCCAUAUGAACAAGCUAUAUCUAUCAUUGGGAAAACAUUGUCUUCCUUUGAUGAGGAUAACUUAAUUCCCUGUUUUGGUUUUGGAGAUGCAUCAACACAUGACCAGGAAGUUUUUAGUUUCUAUCCGGAUGAGAGAUUUUGUCGUGGAUUUGAAGAAGUGUUGGAACGGUACAGGGAGUUGGUCCCUCAAUUAAAGCUUGCAGGACCAACAUCAUUUGCCCCAGUCAUUGAGAUGGCAAUCACCAUAGUUGAGCAAAGUGGAGGCCAAUACCAUGUGUUAGUGAUUAUAGCUGAUGGGCAGGUGACGAGAAGUGUUGACACUGAGCAUGGGCAGUUGAGUGCACAAGAAAAGAAAACUGUAGAAGCUAUUGUGAAAGCUAGUGAAUAUCCCUUGUCAAUCAUAUUAGUUGGAGUUGGAGAUGGGCCGUGGGAUAUGAUGAAACAAUUUGAUGAUAACAUCCCUGCCCGAGCAUUUGAUAAUUUCCAGUUCGUGAAUUUCACAGAAAUAAUGUCAAAGAACAUGGAUCGGUCCAGAAAGGAAACGGAGUUUGCACUCGCUGCCUUGAUGGAAAUACCCUCCCAGUACAAGGCAACACUAGAGCUUAAUAUAUUGGGUGCUUGUAGAGGGAAAGAUAUAGACCGGAUUCCUCUCCCACCGCCUCUAUAUGGUGCAGCAUCUUUCAAUUCCCCCAAAACUUCCCGUCAAUAUAGUUCUCGUCCCAGUGCACCAUCUAGCAGACAUGAUGUUAGCACAAACCCUCCUGCAACUUCUGCUUCUGAUAAUCAGGUUUGUCCCAUUUGCCUCACCGAUCCUAAGGAUAUGGCCUUCGGUUGCGGGCAUCAGACAUGCUGUGAUUGCGGACAAGAUCUUGAGUUAUGCCCCAUUUGCAGGAGUACCAUUGAUACUAGAAUAAAACUUUAUUAGAUGACCUCUUAAAACUUGUCCAUGACUUUUCAUGUUGAGGUAUGAAACUGGGUUUUCGACAAAUUUUCUUGGUGAUGACUGGUGAGGGAGGAGGAUGGGGGGCAAAAAGAGCUUCGCAUUGUACAUAUUUAUAUUUAUUUAUUCAAGUCUAUGCUUUGAGCGCAUUUUAUACUAGAGUUGGAUUUUUGCGUUGUUAUUAUAUUAAUUUUGUGGCAAUUCAUCAAUAUAACAUUCCAUACUUAUACA